GUUAGAGUGGCCUCCCUUUAUAAGAGCUCUUCGCGCGUCGUAGGUUACCGCCAUAGGAUUUUCUUUUCCAGUCGUUGGUGCCAAAAUAUAUUCAUCACAUAACACCAACGGGAAAUUUAAGAGAACAGUACAUGUACAUCAAACCUGUCUGAGCCCUGCAGCUAACACAGGAGAAGGGAGAAUCUGGGGUUGAAAUGCUCUGAGGGUGUGUGUAUUACACAAGAUGCUGGUUCAAUGGCGUCAGGAUCAGGUACCCAAAGGGGUAAUGCUAAGGGUCUACUUGCCGACUGGGAACUGGUGACCCCCAACGGACCCUCAUUGACUUUCCAUGUUGGCUGUAUUCUUGGCAGUGACUUGUACAUACAUAGUGGUAUGGAGACGAAGGACGGAAAACAGCCAUCGGACAAACUUUAUCGCUACAGCGCUGGCUCAGCAUCGUGGCAAGAAAUCAGAGCCACAGGAAGCCCCGCCCUCAGUCACCAUGCUUGUGUGUCGUUAGCCGGUAGAUACAUGCUUCUGAUUGGAGGAUGGGAUGGAAAGUCUAGGACAGGGAAGGUCGUGGCCUUUGAUUCUGAAAAACAGCAAUGGCUGGUGCAGGAAACCAGUGGUUUCCCUGGUGAUGCCGGGCUCAGUUCACACACAGCAACACUUCUGGCUUCAGGGGAGAUAAUUAUUUUCGGACGAGAAGGAAGUUUACGGAUGCAGAGACGUCAUGGCAACGGUUAUAUGUUAACAGGAAGUGUAGAGUCUGGCCGUUUCACCUUUAAAGAAUUUACAAAUGCUGCGGCUUCGAGAUCAGGUCAUACCUCAAACAUUGUCGGAAAUAAAUUGUGUAUAGUUGGAGGGAGAGAAAAUAACUUAAUAGAAAUUCAUGACAGAUUUAAAAGUGGUGAAAGUGACAGCCAAGCUGUACCCAGUAAACUCUUAAGUAUCGUAGAAAAGCUUACACCGAUGUCAAAAUUACCUGGUGGUCGAAAAAACCACAUCACGAUUAGUGGUCCUGGAAUUAUCUUUAUUCACGGAGGCGAUACCUUUGACGGUAGAAGUCGGGAAUCUGUUGGAGAAAUGUUCCUCGUAACAUUUAAACCAACAAUGCAAUUCUACAAACUCGGUGACAGUCCUGUGAGGCGAUCUGGCCACAUUUGUUGCAUUAUUGGUGACAAGGCGUUCCUUCAUGGCGGGAUAGGUGGGAAAAAUAACAGUCAUGUGUACAACGAAACCUAUUGUCUGGAGUUUAAAUAGCUAAUUAUAUCAGAAAGGUGUACAAAAGCGUAGGAAUGGACCCUCAAUUACCUUAACUGACCUGCUCCAGAGUAACCAGUUUUAUAAGGUCGAACAAAUAAUUAUAUAUAACCAGUCAACUAACCUACCCGGGAUUUAGUAGCUAAUCAGGGUCUUUUUUAACUGUUUUAUAUAGGCUCUAUUCAAGUCUUAAAUGCUGCCUCUAUCAUGUCUAUGUAUCAAUUUAACUUUGUAAAUGUCUGCCUACUUUGCAUUAUGUUUUGGUUAAAAGUUGUAAAUAGGCGAUGUGGAGGGUAAAAUCAGUUUUAAUGAAAUGAUGUGUAGACUCAAACACUUCUUAAUGUGAGGAUGUUUAUUCUUAAUCCUUGAGGAAGGUUGGUGUUUGUCAUUAUUAGUGACUCUACACUACAGAAACAUCAAACACUUUAUUAUAUGGCCAUCAUUUGUAAGGCAACAUUUUGGCUUAGUAAACGGGUUUAUCAUUGUAUAGAUGGCAACAUAAAAUGGAAUGUAAAGAAAAGAGAAAACGAAAUCCUCGAUGGCGUUGGCAUUAUAACAAGAUUUUACUGUACCACUACGUUGGUAUCGUAUCCAAGUUCAUUUCAAAGUAUUUCAAAUUCUCAUUCUAUGUAACAAUGUGGAUGUAUCUACUGGUGAACUAUCAGUCCCCAAGGUUGGCCGUACUCUGUUAGUGAACUAUCAGUCCCCAAGGUUGUCCGUACUCUGUUAGUGGACUAUCAGUCCCUAAGGUUGGCCGUACUUUGCUGGUGAACUAUCGGUCCCCAAGGUUGGCCGUACUUUGUUGGUGAACUAUCAGUCCCCAAGGUUGGCCGUACUGUGCUGGUGAACUAUCAGUCCCCAAGGUUGGCCGUACUGUGCUUUUGACCUUUCAUUACCGGAGGUUGACAUAUACAGUAUAAAUGUUGCCAAAAGUUGAAAAUUGUAACAUUAUUAUAUUUAGGGUUUUAUAAGCAUCUUUCCCUUUUUGCUGAGUUUAACAUAUCUUUCAGAACACUUCAGUCAUGGAUUUUUUUUUUUGACCUUUACUUUAGUAAAACUGAUUAUUUCUUAGUGGAUGAAAUGGCCAUCGUUUCAUUGUUUGGCUUUCUGUAUCUGCAAUCAAAAUUUUCAGAUAGGUGCUUCAUUGCUUUGUAUAUUCGUGAUUAAUAUAAAAGUAAUAGUCACCACAGAAAGCCAAAUCAGAAAGGGCCGAGACAGGGACAAAAUUUUGUUAGUUCACAUCGAUAUAAUAAUUCAUAUCUUCAUGAAAAGGUUUUACAAUGUAUAUAUAGUUCAAUAAACAACGCUGACACAGUUUGAUAUUUGUUGAUCUCUUCAUUAGAAUGUCAACAGUGCAUAAACACGUGGAGGAGUGUGUCCAUGGUAACCAUACACAACUAGGUACCUAACACAGGAAGUGAUGACAUAGUCUACAUGCUCAGCAUGAUGUCCUUGAACAGGAAGUGACAUCAAACAAAAAUUGUUGACAGGAAAUGACAUCAUACAAAUUGUUGACAGCAGGUGACGUACAAAUUAAUGACUGUAAGUAACAUACAAAUUGUUGACAGGAAAUGACAUUAUACAAAUUGUUGACAGGAAAUGACAUCAUACAAAUUGUUAACAGGAAGUGACAAAUUGUUGACAGGAAAUGACAUCAUACAAAUUAUUGACAGGGAAGUGGGUUGGUAUUGCACAUUUUUUUGUCCAAAAUAAUUCACAAGGUAAAAUGUCAGAAAUAACUUAAAGAUGUACAAUUAUUCCUAUAAUAUCUUUCCAGAGGUAUGACUCCGUAUACCUAGUAUACUCCUCAUCGUUGAUGAUAGGAAAUGUCUUAUAUACAAUGUGUUAACAGGAAGAGGUGUAAUGAUCAAUGUACAGUUAAUCAUGUCAAUUUCUACGACAUUAUUGAACAAAUAUUUUGACAUAAGUGUAUGACAUUAUACUUAGCAGAUAAACACGGUACUAUAUACAGACUGUAAUAAGACCUCAGUGACAUUUAAAUCUUGUCAAACAUAACAUGAACACGGAAUGAAAAUAUGUUACAUGCCAACAUUUCUUGAUAUGGUUGAACUUUUACCAAUUUCAAGUAAGGUUUUGUAAAAUGUUAUAACAGUUUUACUGCAUGGUAUUGUUUUUAUUGGACAUGCUUUCAAAUUAAGAUGACAUAGUUUGAUGACCAAAAAACACAUAGAGACACAGAGAUGUAACCGGGGAGUAGAAAAAAAGGAGGAACAUACCCUAGAAACCUCUUAAUGCUUCAGAACAAAUCAAGAACUUUUUAUAAUCAAGGGAAAGGUAGAAAAAGAGGAAAUCCUCUGAAAGAGGCGUACAUGUAUCAUAUCCCCGUAUACAUACACGACAACCCUGUGUAUUGAAUUGUCAAGCUUACAGAUUUAGAGAAGAUGAAGUAUGCUUGCAGUUAAUUAUGCUGAGCCUUUUGAUUGGAUGAUCUCUCCAAACUACACAGGUAUAGCUUCUUCAAAUCUUCUUUUUCUUUAAACAGCAUGAUUAUUCAAUACACAGGGUGAGAUCAAUUUAAAGUACAAUUUUAUAUUUUAUAUUUACUAAUCAGGUACAUAAUAUUUGAAAUAUCUUUUUCCAGAUUUGACAUCCUGGCAGCAAAACAUGACAAUCUAAUUAUAAUUAGCCAAAAUUCAAGUACCUGUGAUACAUUGAAACAUUUUAUUUUUUUUAAGAAUGAUUGCAAAAUUAGCAGAAAGAUGUGUCAUUAUUAUAGACCUAAUAUUUAUUAUGUAUAUUAUUAUCAUCUACCUGUACACUGUAAAUUUAUGAUGCAUAUUAUUUCAUCUACCUGUACACUGUAAAUUUUGCAUAGUCAAUUUGCAUCAUAUUUCAACACACAGAUCAGACCUAAGCAUUCGGCUAUCACAACUGUAUACAUGCUGACAGGAUUUCUGAAUUUGUGACACUAUCAUACAAGAUAGGAAGAAGUCAAUGUGUCAAAUACCCCAUUCUCAGAGACAACUGAUUCCAACAUUCAUUAAAUGGUAAAGUGAAAAAUAGAUUUAUAUUGUGGUUUCAACAUACAGAAAGCUGUGGCUUUUUGAGUCGGACCAGUCAUUGACUGCUAACCUAUUUAUAUGUUACCACAGAUCUAGAUAACCCAUGGCUUUUGUGUUAAGCCUACCCUAAUAUACUGCCACACAAGAUAAGGAGAAGAAGCAUUGAUAAGCCUAUUGCACACAUAUAACAUGGGUGGAAAAUUACAAUGGCUGGAAUGGAAUUCAAACGAAGAACCUCUGGGCUCGUAGUCAUGAAACCGUUCUCAUGCUAAAGCAUGCAUUCUGUGCUCAAGCCAACUUUAUUGUAACUCGUUUAAAUCAUGCCAAACAAUCAAAAUGUCAAACGUAAACACUGAAAACAGUAUCCGGAUUCAAGUCUCUUCAAGUAUUUCCUAAAUCAUUGACAAAAUAAAAUUAUUUUAUUUAUUUAUAACCAGAACAAUAAAUUAGGCUUGAGCACAAAUUCCAUGCUUAAGCAUGAGAAUGGGUCCAUGAAUUAAUACGGACCCUGAACUCUUAGACAAUGUGCUAUAAAUAAAGAUGAGCUACCGAUACAUUCCUCCCUCCUUUAACAAAGUCGUCAGUCCAUUGACACACGAGACCCUAUGGCACCUUAUGUGGGUAUACUUGAUUGGGCGCCAAAUGUAACCUGUACGAAAUAACGUUAACAGGACUGGAAUCAUGGUAGUUCAGAUUCUUGACGGACAAACUAACCAACUGAGUUACCUUAUCCCUGAUUUUCGACCCAGUUCAGUUCUGCUACAUGUAUAAACUGUACAUCGUGUGAAAUGUUCGGAAUAAUGAUGAAGAUUUUAGUUUACUUUGAUGAUCAAACCCUCAGUUGGGUGGCAUAUAUCUGCCAUCUACUUUUGUCCUACAAGCUACCUAAUUACAUAUUAGAAUAUAGGCAUAGGAUAUGUUGUGUCUAUUACCUGUGAUCAUGUCCACAUAGGUAACUCUUAAGUUGAAAGUCGAUGGCAGAAAUAUACCACCAUACCAUAAAGGUACAAUAAGCUUAAGGUAGCCAUAACAUGUACCGAUGAAAAACAUUUAUUAUCUAAACAUAUGAGCUACAUGCCAUUCUACGUUCAACAUAUGUCUACAAAGGCGUGAACCGAAAGACCAAACAUGUUGGACCACCAGGACAAUGGCCAACAUCACAACAAAAACUUAAUAGCAGUUUGCAACAGCGAAAAACGUAACAACGACCUGGUAACUCGCACACACAAGUCAAUUAUUGUUUGUAAACACAUUGUUAUGUAUUGUUACCGAACGUCCAACACAAAAAAUCCCACCUCAAGUUUCACAUGGUAUAGAGACACUGAUUCUCCAUGAUUACUUCAGGAAAUAAAGACGUUACCGGUAUGAUGCUUCUGUGGUCUUGAUGAACGAAGUAUAAAAUCAAUGUAAUGAUCGUUUCAGAAACACGAGUGUGUAUUGGCAUCAGGGGACAGUGAAAGCUUGUAAGAGAUAUAACCAGUAGUAUUAGAAUACAUAUAGUACUCAGCGUGACCAUCACCGCGGUUUUGUUUCUAUGUCUACAAACAUUUUAUAUUUGAAACGAAAUACUCAUUAGACUCAAACUUUCUCUUGAGAUUUCAUCUUAUCCCUUACUGUACCACUUUCCUUAGGCAAGAGAACAAAUAUGCAUGUUAUUUCUACGAAAACAUGACUGAUCACAAACUUUUGUUCACUUAACUAUGGCAGUAAUGUUACUAUGACCAUAAAGAUUUGCAUUGACAUAAUUGGAAACUCAUGUUGUGUUCAGAAUGAAAGGAUCAUCUGUUCUGAACCCCAGUAUACAGUUUUUAAUGAUAAACCCAGACCCUGCCACAUGUAGAUUAUCAAUAACAAUAUAUAAUGCGUACUUGCCCAUUUAACUCAAAGCACGGCAUCUCAGUUUCUUUCAAGAUUUACAAAAUCUAACUCAGAAACAAUAUUUAUUUGUUUUUAUGGUUUUAAUGAUAAUAAAAAAAAGAAAAAAAGAUGAAGUUUGGCAAAAAAGUAAAAAUAUGAUUUUUUCUUCACAGAAGAAAAAUCAAACAGGAAUUGAUUUUUGUGUGCAAUGAUAGAAAAUUGUAUAAUAUGUAUUUAGAAUACAUGCUACAGAAAUAAUCCAUCUGUACAUUUCCCUCUAGGUUCAGAGUGCUAUCAUAUAUACUGCUUACCCUUUCACCACCGUACCAUAGACUAUAAUGGACUCAUCCCUAUAAAUGCAUGGUAGAGUCUAUGAAAGUUACCUAGGGGUGAAAGGGCUAAUUACCGACCUGGCCCCAGUUUCUCAGAGAGAAAUCCUGAAGUUUGCAGAAAGUACCUUCAUCAUAAUGUUUUCCCCUGAACUUCAGAAGCACUUUCUACAGGUGAAAUGUAAGUUAUAAUAAAGAAAACUCUUAAACUUGGGCCAGGUCUGCAAAUUAGUUGUCAUGGUUUUUAAUUCUUUCUGAACAAUUUUUCUUCCACUUUCACUAAUAUACCGUACUGUCAACCUCCAUUUACAUUCACUAGAGACAUAAUACAUGAUCACAAACUGCAGCGUAAUAAACAUCAGGUAUGUAUAUACCCGAUAGGUAGGUUUCCUCUUGUGUAGCUCACUGACCUGUUUUUAUUAAUGUGUGCCGGUGUACUUGGUGUAGUAUGACAUCACAAAACAUUACUACAUUUUAUUCCUUUUUUUUUAUAAGGUCAAAGUUCAUAUUAAGGUUGUGACCUGGAUAUUAACCUAUAAAAAUGUUUCCAACAGUAUAAACUGUGACAAUGUGAUAUAUAAUAUAGACGUUCACAUGUACUAAGCAUAUCAAUAUAAACAGCCCAAUGAGCUACAUAAAAGAUUACCCCCACAUAACCGCAACAUACAAGAUUAUUCACAUAUUAAUAACAUUACUUUUUUACACAAUAGUUCAUAAAACAUAGGCUAGGUGUUUCUAACACGUCAAUAAACAACCAUUAUCAUAUUACUACUAUCACAAGUCAUCAGACAAAUCAGUUAAUAUAUGAGAUAUAUUUUACAAACAAUACAAACGUUGUGUAGCAUGCAAGAAUAUCAACAAGUGAACAAUUGCCAGCUUCAGGACCAAGACUAGAUAAUGGGCGUGUCAGUUGUUUGUGAUGUGGAACAUCAUGUACUCUAUCAUGAUCGGCCAUUACAGAAAAUCUAAUGGUUCCCCAACAUACAAACAUCAACACUUUGCAUUUCAAAUGUUCACAUGAUAUCAAAACACAAUUAGCAAGUUUUUUUUCCAUUCAUUCAGUGAUUUUUUUACUUCAGAUGUAUAAAGAGAGGAUCAACUUCAAAUUAAAUUGAUAAACAUCUAAUUGCCAAUAAAAAAAAGAAA